AUCGGUGAUGUCACAGUGGUCGUUGCGGACCUGGUGACGACGUUAGUGGGGGGUGUGUGUGUGAAAAAAGUGCGAGAUCGGGCCCGUCUGCCGGGCCUUGACGGCACAGAGAGCGAGAGCGAGGCCCCGAAAUUGUGCUGAAGAAUGGAUGUAAUUCAGACACCACUGCCAACAAGCAGCACGAUGCAAACAUCUAAUUUUGCUCAUGUCAUUUUUCAAAACGUGGCAAAAAGUUAUCUCCCUCAUGCUCCACUUGAGUGUCAUUACAUAUUGACUCCAUACAUUAAGCCGCACCAAAAGGACUGGGUUGGCAUCUUUAAGGUUGGUUGGAGCACUGCUCGUGAUUACUACACAUUUCUGUGGUCUCAAGUACCAGAAAACUAUGCAGAAGGAAUUUCAUUUAAUCGUGUCAUUGUUUUCCAAGGUUAUUAUCUUCCAAAUGAUGAUGGUGAAUUUUAUCAGUUUUGCUAUGUCACCAACAAGGGAGAAAUCCGAGGAGCAAGUACACCUUUUCAGUUCCGUGUGCCAUCUCCCACAGAUGAUUUGCUGACCAUGGAAGAUGACACAAACUCUGACAUGCUAGUGGUAACAACAAAAACAAGUUUUCUUGAGCAAAAGAUUGAACUGCUACUGAAGGAAAAGGAUGAGUUGUUGAAAACUAAAUCCGAACUUGAAGAGGAAGUACUCCAGUUAGGUGAGCGAGUGGAAAAGAUUGAAAAAGAAAUGCAUCAUGAGAAAGAAGUCUGUGACCAAAUUAAAAAGGAUUACAAGGAUCUCUUCCAGAAUUCAGAAGCUUUAAAAAUCGAGAAAGAAGACAUUGAGAAAAGGUUUAAGGAAGCUGUCGCAAAAAUUACACAACUUGAAGAAGAUAUCGUAACUGCUAACCAGAAAGCCAUUGUAAAGGAAACUGAAUUAGACAGCAUAAAACACAAACUGAGGAGACUCAUUGUUGACAAAGAACAACUUGAAUUGCAGUUGAAGAACGAAAAGGAUGAGAAAGAGCUUUACAAGGUCCAUGCAAAGAAUACAGAAAUUGAAAACACAAAGCUAGUUAUGGAGAUGCAAUCUGUUAAAAGUCUCGAUGCCACUAAAGAAAACAUGCUGGCACACUUCAAGGAAGAAGUGGCAAGACUACAGCAAUGCUUGUCAGAAAAAGAGAAAUUGCAAAAGGAGCUGUUGGUUAAUGCUUCUAACAUGGACGAAGUGUCUGUUCUUCGUGAACAUUUACGCAGAGCUGAGGAGCAUGUACAAGCGAGCGAUCAGAAAGUGGCGUUGAUUGCUCAGGAGCUUGCUGAUGCUUCCAAUAUACGUGACAAGACAAUGGGUGAUCUACACAAUGCACGAAUAAAAAUUGAUUUGCUUAAAGAUGAGCUUGCUGAUACUGAGAAGAAAUAUAAGGCAGAGAUCCAAAUGCUAAAAGCUGCAUUAUCAAAAAAAGAAAAGGGUUCUUCAGUGGCUGACAAUACAGUGGAACAAGAGCUGCAUAAGGAAGUCGAAGAUUUAAAGCUAAGGUUGCAAAUGGCUGCAGAACAUUAUAAAGAAAAAUACAAGGACUGCCAAAAACUGCAAAAGCAAGUUCUUAAACUGACAGAACAGUUGGAAGAGAAGAAAAAUGAAACAUUCCUGAAGAAGCAGAAACUAGCUGAUAAUGGGACAAACACUGAAUCACCUCCAGUGUCAGCAGCUGACUUUAUUCAAGAUUCCUCUUCAGCCAUGUCAACUCCAUUCGACCAUACAUUUGAUCUCCUGGUGCAGACGCAAAUAAGUAAAAUGAAUAAAGAAAUAAUGGAAAAAAAUGAGAAGUACAAAAAGUGCAAGCAGAUGUUGGCCGAAGAGAAUGAAAGAAGUCAGGCUUUUGCUGAAGAACUGGCUUACAUCCAGCAAAAAUUAAAGCAGCAGUUAAAAAUAAACAGUGACCUAAAACAAGAAGCUGCAGAGGACAUUCAGUAUAAGGUUCUCCUUUUGGAAAAGGAGCAGGAAGUAAAGGAACUUAAAGCAAAAUUGGCAAUUGUUGACAAGGAGAAGGAAAUCCUGGAAGAGCUGAAUAAGGAAUUUUCAAGGGAGGUAUGUAAGCAUGAAGAAGAAGAGCAAAGUUCACCAAGUUCAAAGCCUCCGGAUACACCAAUAUUACAAUAUCCAAAUCCAUAUUCUUCAGAUCCUUCUGUUGUACCUGUGAAACAACCUGGAUUGAAGUUUGGAAACCCUUAUGCAGAGUCUGGUAGAGAUGGGACAGAUGGAGCACUUUAUCCUGAUGAUAUCCGUAGAGUGCCUAUUGGGGUUCCUGCUUGGGGAUUGGACAGUACAGUGGUCUGCAGUCAACCUUCUCGCAACUUUGGUAGACCAGAUGGACUUGAAGAUCCCAAUGAGCUUAUUAAUGAUGAAGGAGAAGGUGGCUCACUGACAGGUAUUUCUGAUCCUCCAGGAUUCCGGCUACAAGAACGAGGUGCUCACUUCUGCUUUAAUUCAAGCCUUGACCUCCACAAGAAGUGCCCACUGUGUGAUGUGGUAUUUCCACCUAACUAUGAUCAGAGCAAAUUUGAAGAGCAUGUUGAAAGUCAUUGGAAGGUGUGUCCCAUGUGCAAUGAACAAUUUCCCCCAGACUGUGACCAGCGUGUAUUUGAAAAACAUGUCAUGACACAUUUUUCUGAAAACGUUCAGAGCUUUGAUUAAAUUACAAAGCCUAUUGAAGUUCCUUGAUCUGUAACUAAAAUUAGUUGCAUUGAAUUUUAAAAAUUUAGUUAGUACACUAGAUAUUGCUAUUACUGAAUGGCACCUUUAAUACUGGCUGAACAAGUAGUUUUGCUUUAUUCAAAACCAUCUUUAAUCUCAUGCAUACACCGCAGUGCAUAAAAGUUAUGUAAAAGCAUGACUAAUAGUGCAAGUACUGAAAUGAAUAGUUGCGGUAGAAAACAACCAAGUAUAUCUAAUUUGAACACUAUUUGCAAUGUUAUCACUCUGCCAUGGAUGAUUAUCUUAAAAUUGAUUGUAGUUUUACUUUAGAACAUUAGGCAAAAGCACAUUUCGGACAUAUAAUCUAUUAUGGAUCCUAAACUGUAUAAUGCUUCAGCCUUCAAACUGUGACUAUAUACAAAUAUUUGAAUUUGUUUUAACAAGUUUGAGUACAUAUGAUAUCCUGACUUUUGAGUUUCAUUCUGAUGCUGUAAAAAAAAAAGUGUGCGCUUCUGGACAACAGUACCUGAAUAUAUAUCCUGUAAAAUGUUCCACUUCCAUUAAGCUGUUAGAAAAUAUCCUUCAUUGUGAAUUUGAUAUUUAAUGUCCCUUUUCUGGUAUACAUUUUCUGAAUAAUUCCGCUAUUAUGUUAGAUCUGAACGUUUAUUUAAGUUUUGUUUGUCACUGGUGAUUGUGUAUCCAGCUUUAUAAAGCAGUGGGACCUCUGUUUAUAAUAAAGAUGAGUUCAGCUGUUGA